AUGUCUGGCGCGGAAGACUCUACUGCUUUCAGAGGUCCUUACCCUGGCCAUCCUCCUAUUUUAGUCUCCGAGCGGCACUUUGACCCCUACGAGGCGAGGCUGGGCAGCGGCCUUCCCUUAUACGUCAGUAUUGAAAACGAUGCCGAAUCUACCUCUCCCCUGAGGCAACUCCCCGACAGAGGCACCGCGGCUGGGGUUGUCGUCUUCACAAAUUCAGUAAAUCAAGGCGAAAGAGAUGAAAACCAGGAAACCAUUCCACAUUUUUUGUGCAAGGAGAUGGACAAGGAAAGUCCUUUUCGCUCCGUGGAGGGCUAUCGCUCCAAUAACGAGCUCUGGCGCUUUCGCCGCCGCGGCUGUCAGGAUGGUUGGAUGGCUUUCCUCUUUCUGAUGUUGAUGGCUGUGGUGUUGGUCCAGGGGGCCUCGGAGCUGCCGGACUUCGCGAUGGACGAAACGAUGGCAAUGCUUAUUUCACAGCGAAUACGCGAGCUUGGACUAAUCUUUAAUAACACGAACAACCACCAAAGCCUUUUUGGGGUUUUACCCCUUUCCUGGGGUUGGGGUGAUCCCACAGGUGUGGAUGGGACAUCGAUGGGGGGGUUCUUUAACUAUGGCCAACCGAAACCAAACACGGUAGGUUCUGUAGAACCGAACGUCGGUCUAAUGAAUCCCACAAGGGGGAAUCGGAAUACUCGCACCGUAGUUCAGGAUAUCUGGCGCGAGUCGGUGACCUCGAGGUGGGUAUUGAUGACUAUGCUUUUUUUUGGUCUCUCCUUAGCGAUUGCAAUGCUAGACCUUAAACUACUAUGCUAUAUGCCUCGUGCACUUAUUUUGAUAUCCAGUUGGGUAUAUACCUUCCUUUUUGCUGCUGUGGCGUUCAUUUUCUAUAUGAACAAUUACGUUAUGAUGAGCUUGUUGUUUGGUUUUAUGACCGUAUUACCAUUGCUGUGGUUGUAUCUUAUUAAAAGUCGCAUUGAUUUUUCGGUAUGUCUAAUUGCCAUCGCCUCUCGCGUCAUUCAGAGAUACUACAGCUUGAUAAUCAUCUCACUGGGCAUAGCUCUUCUAUCAAUUGCGUUCACUCUGUUUAUGCUUUGCUUAAUGGUUCCCCCGUCGCUUCGCCUAUUGGCUGGGAUAUACAACCCGCAUGAUAUUUGGUACUUUUUGCUCGUGAUUACCAGUCUUUUUUGGACGACCCAGGUCCUUUUGUAUGCGAUCCAUGUCAUCUGUUCCGGCGUUAUCGCUACGUGGUACUUUUCAGGGUCCUCCAAAGUAGUUUCCUCACCAAUUCCUAAAAUGCUUCGCCGGGCAUUUUUUGAUAAUUUCGGUUCAAUCUGUUUCGGUUCCUUAUUUACAGCCCUCAUGGACUUUAUUUACUUCAUCGCCACCGUAACAUCGAGUGAGUUGGAUGACUACAGCUUCAUGAACUGCAUUCUUCUGUGUAUUUUGGAUUUUACCGAUUUUCUUUUGAGUUAUUUCAAUGAAUAUGCGUUUGUGCAUGUGGGUAUUUACGGCUGUAAUUAUCUCGAGGCGGCAAAGGUCACCUGGCAACUAACCCAGCGGUGCCUUUUCGUAGCUUUUUUUAAUGAUUGUUUGGUUAGCCAGGCGGUCUGGAUGACAACACUGCUUUCCGACCUCGUGAUGUCUGCCAUCGCCUACGCGCUGACAAGAGAUUUAGCGUUCAGCACGGUCGUAUUCAUCAUCUCGGAUUUAAUCAACAAUAGCGUUUUCCAGAUCUUCAGGAGUACGGUAAUUACCAUUUUUGUGUGCUUCGCAGAGCUUCCGGAAGGCCUAGAAGUAUCCUUUCCGGAGCUAUACCAAUCGCUGAUGAAGUACGAUGCUGGAAUGAUUCAAAACCUCUACCCAUAUGCCAACCAGCCAAAGUAUGGGACACUUUAG